AUGGCUAUCAUUCUACCUGGGCAAUCGUACAACGGACAGACGUACAACUAUCCCUGCUACAAGCUCGUCGAGCUCAAGCAACAGAAGGAAAGACUUUUAGACGGCAAAAACGUCGCCUAUAUGGGUUUCUGCAAGGUCAGAUUGCCAGUGGGAACUAGGGUGAUUUCUAUAUUCAAAGAGACCAGCAACAUAGGCGGAAUAAAAAAGCCGAGACACGAUCCGUUCUAUGCAGGCAUUGUGGCUGAACAGCCAUUUGAAGGGAAUAAGUUCAGAUAUUUGAUAUUCUUUGACAUCGGUUAUUCUCAGUAUGUCAGCUACCACUCUGUGAAUCUGGUGCUCCAAUCGAGCCCUGACGUUUGGGAGGACGUUUAUGUGGAGUCUAGACCUUUCAUUAAGAAAUAUCUAGAAAGUCAGGACAGGCCGAUGGUGAAACUAGCUAAGGAUCAAACAGUCAGAGUCGAAUAUAAUGGAAAAUGGUGGCUGUGCACGGUGAUGAACGUCGAUUGUUCUUUGGUGCAAGUGUUUUUUGACGGUUUGAGUAGGACCGAAUGGAUAUACAGGGGCUCGACGAGACUCAGUCCUAUGUUUAGAGAAGAACAGGCAGCCACUAACAGGCAUACUGGUGUCAGGGCGUCUCGCAAAUUGGGACAUAAUGAAUCUGCAGCCGUCGUCCAAUACACUCGCAACCAAGAUUUCGUGCAAUCGCCAACGCAGCAGGUGAAAAGUGAACAAGAAUCUCCUACCAGUGUUAGAGCCGUGGCUCGAAAAAGUACUACGAGACCGCAAGGCGUUUUGCCUGCACCGAAUAUCGUCCCGGAGUACCUAACGCACAACUUCGGCCAAUUGCGGGGUCAUAACCCCCUUUCGAAGCCCCUCUUGUGCGGCUGGGGCAGGGUGACGAUGAAGGCAAAGGGGCGCAAGGAGAUCAUCUACAAGGCGCCGUGUGGUAGAUUGCUGAGGAACAUCGCUGAGGUGCACUACUACCUAAGGCUCACCGAAAGCGAGAUGACGGUAGAUCUGUUCGAUUUCAAUCAUAUGGUGCGCUGUCUGGCAGAGUUUAGCGUCGAGUGCAAUCCCGAUCCGAAGGAUCUGUCCAGAGGACUGGAACAAGUGCCAAUUCCCGUUAUAAAUGGCAUUAAUAAUGAAAUGCUCGAUUUCUGUAACUAUUCCAUAAAAAGAGUUCCUAUGGAAGGCGUUCAUAUGAAUGUGGACCAAGAAUUUUUAUGUGGCUGUGAUUGUGAUGAUGAUUGUAUUGAUAAAACAAAAUGCGCAUGUUGGAAGUUAUCCUUAGAGGGAGCAAAGUACAUCGGCAAAGAUAUCGAUCCGAACUCUGUGGGAUACAUUUACAGGAGACUUCCGGAACAGGUCAUAACCGGUAUAUACGAGUGCAAUUCAAGAUGUAAAUGCAAUUCGACUUGCCUCAAUAGAGUCGUACAGAAUCCGAUGACCUUGAAGCUGCAAGUUUUCAGGACUCACAACAGAGGAUGGGGCAUCAGAUGCUUGAAUGAUGUACCUCAAGGCAGUUUUAUUUGUAUUUAUGCUGAACUAGAUUACAUAGAGACCGUCGAGAAAUUCAAAGAAGACUACGAAGCGGAAGCGUUGGAAGACGACGACGAAGAAGAAGAAGAGAGGAGAUACCGUGGCUUGAGUCCCGUAGAGGAUGAGGAGGAGGAACAGGCGAGAAUACCUACCAAGUCGAGGAGGAAUAACGAGGAUGACGCGAAACCGAAUCCCAAGCCAGAUACGGAAGUUAAAGUAAAAAAAGAGAUAGUAGAACCAACGAUAGAUAUCAAGGCAGCACUAGAAAAUCUUGGUGACCAGAUUGAGACAGUUACUAUAAGCGAUGAGGAAGAUGAGGGUCGGGAAGUUCUCAGUUUCAAUCCGAAAGCGGGCGGUUUGGAUUUGAAACCAAUGAAGUAUAAUUCGGUCAGAGAACUUUUUGGCGAAGAAGAAUGCGUAUAUGUGAUGGACGCCAAGAAUGCUGGCAAUAUCGGGCGAUUCCUCAAUUUCAUCAGGGCCGGCGCCGAACUGACUUGGAACUACAAUUACGAUAUCGGCAGCGUGCCCGGCAGGGUGCUUUACUGCCAUUGCGCCUCCUUGGAGUGCAAAGGGAGAUUGUUGUAG